CGUUGGCACUGUAGACCUUCGAUCUCACCAUGCCGCUUCGUUUGGAUAUCAAAAAGAAGCUUUCCGCCUCUUCGGAACGUGUUAAAUCGGUUGACUUGCACAACUCGGAGCCAUGGGUGCUCGCUGCGCUCUACAGCGGCAACGUCAUGAUUUGGGACUACGAAUCCGGCAGUCUCGCCAAGUCUUUUGAAGUCUCCGAACUCCCCGUGCGCUGCGCGAAAUUCAUUGAACGUAAACAAUGGUUUCUGGCGGCAUCGGAUGAUAUGCGCCUGCGCGUUUUCAACUACAACACGAUGGAAAAAAUCAAGGAGUUCGAAGCGCACGCCGAUUACAUUCGUUCGCUCGAAGUACACCCCUCUCUACCUUACGUUUUUUCGUCGUCGGACGACAUGACGAUUAAGCUUUGGGAUUGGGAUCGUGGCUUCGAUUGUACGCAAUUGUUCGAAGGACACGCGCAUUACGUAAUGCAAGUCAAGAUCAACCCCAAGGACACAAACACCUUCGCUUCCGCAAGUCUCGAUCGGUCCAUCAAGGUGUGGGGAUUGGGAUCUCACGUCCCGCACUACACCUUGGAAGGUCAUGAGCGUGGUGUCAAUUGCGUGGACUAUUACCCAUCCGGUGAUAAGCCUUACAUUCUAUCUGGAGCUGAUGAUCGUACUGUGAAAAUCUGGGACUAUCAGACAAAAUCCAUUGUACAUUCCCUGGAAGGCCAUACACACAAUGUUUGCGCUGUCAUGUUCCACCCCAAGCUGCCCAUCAUCGCUUCCGCUUCCGAAGACGGUACAGUCCGUAUUUGGCAGAGCACCACGUACCGUGCGGAAACCACCCUCAACUACGGUAUGGAACGUGCGUGGGCACUCGCCGCGUCGCCAGAAUCCAACAAACUGGCAAUAGGUUUCGAUGAAGGAUGUGUGUGUAUCGAAUUGGGCUCAGACGAUCCGGUUGCUUCGAUGGAUACAACCGGAAAGGUCGUUUGGGCGACCAACAACGAAAUCAAAACUGCUUCGAUCCGCGGUGUUGCAGGUAGUGGCGAAGAUGCCUUGCCCGAUGGCGAACGGCUCCCGGUAGUCCCUCGUGAUCUGGGCGCUUGUGAACUAUUCCCGCAAAUGCUUCGUCACAACUGCAACGGACGCUUUGUUGCUGUGUGUGGCGAUGGCGAAUUUAUCAUUUAUACCGCCCAAGCACUUCGCAACAAGGCUUUUGGGCAAGCUCUAGACUUUGUAUGGUCUGGAUCGGGUACUGGAGACUAUGCGAUUCGUGAAACGAUCAAUAGUGUGAAAGUUUUCAAAAACUUUAAGGAAUCACAGAGUAUCGUACCUGCUACUGCCUCAGCUGAAGGCUUGUUUGGAGGACAAAUGGUCGGAGUAAAAGGCGGCGACGGUGCUGUGUUGUUCUAUGACUGGGAUAGCGGCAUCUUCGUUCGUAAAAUUGAUGUAAACCCGAAAGAAGUGUACUGGUCAGACAGCGGCAACAUGGCACUUUUGGCUUGCGAAGGAACAGCGUACGUUCUCUCGCAUAACGCCGAAGUGAUGGCUCAAGCGAUUGUAUCUGGGCAGGUCUCUCCUGAAGAAGGCAUCGAUGGUACUUUCGAUCUUUUGUUCGAAAUAGAUGAUACGAUCACGUCCGGAAAGUGGGUUGGGGAUUGUUUCAUCUACGUCAACAACGUCGGGCGUCUCAACUACAGCGUUGGUGGGCAGAUUGAAACAUUGGUUCAUUUAGAUACUUCGGCGGGCGGGUCAGUACAGCACACAAUUCUUGGAUAUCUGGCCAAGGAAGACCGAAUAUUCCUGAUCGACAAGUCCUUGAACGUUGUUUCGUACAAGGUUACUUUGGCGGUAUUGCAGUAUCAAACAGCCGUCAUGCGCGGUGACUUUGAUUCGGCUAAUGAGCUGUUGCCUUCAAUCCCCGAAGAAGAAUAUACCAAAGUCGCUCGUUUCUUGGAAUCUCAAGGAUUCAAGGAAGAGGCGUUGGCUGUGACGCAGGAUCCGGAUCACAAAUUUGACUUGUCGCUCGAGCUAGGCCAAGUCGAUUUGGCGCACCAGAUCCUAUUGGAAACGCCCGAAGAGGACAAGGAAUCGACCGACACACAGGCGAAGUGGAAACGGCUCAGCGAUGCUGCCCUUAAGGACACCAAUUUGGAACUGUGCGAAUCUGCCAGCAUUUCAAGCAACGAUUACUCUGGACUGCUUCUUUUGUACUCGGCAACUGGAAAUCUUUCGGCGAUGGAAAAGCUGGCGAAGCUCGCAUCGGACGGAGGAAAGACAAACGUAGCUUUUGUCGCGUACAUGCUGACCGGCAAUGUAGAGGCUUGCGCCGAUUUAUUGAUCGCUACCAAAAGGCUGCCAGAAGCUGCAUUCUUUGUGCGAACAUACUUGCCGUCCCGAAUCGAAGAAGUUGUGGCUCUUUGGAGAAGAGAUCUUUCCUCGAUUAGCGAGUCAGCGGCAACUGCUCUUGCUACUCCAUCAGAGAAUGCCACACUGUUCCCGGAUAUGGAUGUUGCUUUGCAAGUCGAGCAAAUGUUUCUAGGACAACGAGAGGCGACGAAGGCUACGGGUAUCCCCGCAUCGGAGUACCUGAGUGCCAAGGACGACCUGGAUUUGAAUUUGAUUGAUCUUAUCAAAACCCGUUCGCAGCCGGCAGUAGACCAUUCUAUGGCAGAGACUCAUCAAUUGGUGGAUGAAGAAAAGGAGGCAGACCCCACGGACGACCAUGAUGAUGAAGAGGAUGCCGAUUUAGCUGCUGUACGUGAAGCCGAAGAACGAGGAGCGAGUGAGGCUGCAGCGGUUGCUGAAGUACAGAGGCCGGCGGAAGGAGCGGCAGAAUUUGAAGACGAUGUACCGUUAGAAAUGACUGAGGAUGUUCCUGGAGCGACGAAAGAAGUAGACCGAGACGAUAGUGGAUUCGACGAGGAGUGGUAGAUAAGGUGGGCUUUACUAUUUCUACCAAUAAACGAUAUGAGAAAUGAGACAAUUUGAUCAUACCAUGAACUGUGCACUGUAAAUCAGCAAGUUCUCCCUUACCCACAGGGUACCGGUAGAUAUAUGGCUAAGAAAUCAUCUGC